AAGGAACGCAGCCCUGUACUGUAUCAUCAUUGAAUUUCAUUGAUUUAUUUGGUGUUUAUCAGUUUAUCUGUCUCUGGCACCUAAAAUAUAACAUUUGCGAAAAUCUGGAAGUUAUGUUAGGAGAUGUGACCAGUACUUGCAUAUAUUUGUAGAGUUUACUAAAAUAUAAGUGAUAGCUAUUCAUCUUUAAUACGGUGUGUCAGUAGGGUCGUCAUUGAAUCACACUGAUCCAACAUCAAAAUGCCUGCCGUAACGUCAACAACGGCUGAAGAACAAAAUGAUGCAGAUCAAAAAAUGUGGAAUGCUCUAAAACGAUAUAUUAUACGAGAAAGACAACGAAAAAAGGAAGAAUACGAAGCUGAAGUGGAAGAAGAAAGACUACGAAAGGAAAGAGAAGCAAGAGAGAGGCAAGAUGUUAUGACUCUAGAAGAAACAAAGGAACAAAUUGAGCAAUUAGAACAGAAGUUGAAACAACUUGAAAAAGAGAAACAACAGUUGUUCAUGCAGUUGAAAAAAGUUCUCAAUGAAGAUGAGAUCAGAAAAAGGCAACAACAGAAGGAAACUAACGAAAUGCAACCGAUGAAAAUGCCCAUGGGUAAUAUCCAGAUACCAAUGUUCCCAAUGCAGGCAUCCACUGGGCAAGGGGAGCCGCCACCAUCUCAAGGACGGCCGCCUCCUCUUACCUCUCAUAUUUUGAACAAGCAGACCAUAGUCCGAGGUCCGAUCCAGGUGGGAGUAAAGAGGCCUCGCAGUCCGUCCCCAACAUAUCCGAUGUAUGCACACCGUCUCCAGCCACAGAGUAUGAAACACCAGUCUGUGUACUCGGAUCACAAAGUCGAAGACGGCCGCAUGGGUCGCCAAAUGGCGCGCGCCGUGCUUUGGAACAAACCUUCUCAGUACGGCUCGAGCUCGGGCGGUUCAUCCGUAUCUUCGCCCGCUUAUUACGCGAUGCCGACCUCAGGGGUAGUGGGAGUGGUCGGGGAGAGACCUCCGCCUUUAUUGUAUCCCCACCACGCUCACACCCCCCAUACUCCGCACACUCCGCAUCAUGGGAACUUGAUGUAUGCGCCGGCACCGCAACCGCCUCAGUUAUACCUAGAUAUGUUGAAGAACAGAGACGGACAGCAACACCAGGAGCAGAAGAAAGAAUCUCAGGUUUGUUUUUUAAAUAUUUUCUUUUCAGUUGGUACUUGUGGUGGCGAGAUUUACACGCGCCACUUAUAAUAAACGAAGCAAGACUCGACACGCAAUUCUAACAGAUGGCGCUACCGGCGCUGUACUCAAAAAAGUAUGGAAGCCUAAAUCGCGCAAGUGAAAUUCGGAGGCUUACAUUUCAUAUUAUGCAGUGCUUGACCAACCUCAGUCGGGCCGCGGCCCCUACCAUUACCCAGCUCGGAGGAAUAUCUUCCCCUUUGGCAUUCAUUGACUUAUAGGUUUGCUUUUAUUGUUUUGUAUCAUCACCACGUAUGGAUAUGUUGAAGAACAGAGGUAGUCAGCAAACACCAGAAGCAGAAGAAGGAUUCGCAGGUUUGUUUUUGUCAAUUUUUAAUAGAUACUUUAGUCUUCCUUUAUUGUAUCGCCACCACGCUCACACCCCCCAUACUCCGCACACUCCGCAUCAUGGGAACUUGAUGUAUGCGCCGGCACCGCAACCGUCUCAGUUAUACCUAGAUAUGUUGAAGAACAGAGACGGACAGCAACACCAGGAGCAGAAGAAAGAAUCUCUGGUUUGUUUUUUAAAUAUUUUCUUUUCAGUUGGUACUUGUGGUGGAGAGAUUUACACGCGCCACUUAUAAUAAACGAAGCAAGACUCGACUCGACACGCCAUUCCAGCAGAUGGCGCUAACGGCGCUGUAAAAACUAAAAACACGCUAUUAUUUACUGCACUAAAAAAGUCAAAAAUAAACAAAAUAUACUCUCUGUUUACAUCACUGCUUUUACAGUUGGUACUUAGAGGUUCGCCUUUGUUCUAUCCUUUCCACGUAGGGAUAUGUUGAAGAAAAGAGACGGCCUGCCAAACCGGGAGCUGAGUAAGAAAUCCGGAAGAAAUGCCGGUAACGCGGCACGGUGCGUUAAAAUAACGUGCAAAUUUACGUUACCGUAUCGUAAAAACACGUAUACGUCAUGAUAUCGCAACGUGUCACGUCGCCGUGCCUAGUAAAAUUCCGAUACGUUCUUUACUAACAUACCAGAGAAAUAGCAUUCAGCACUGUAAGUUCUCCAACAAGUAAAAUCAAUAAAUCACAAUCAAUACUUUCUGAAUACUCCGACAUCAUUUAUUCACAAGUUUUCGCUGAGACAAAGAAACAUUAACGGAGUGAGCGCAUCGUAGCCACGUCGCACUAUGGAAAAUCAAGGCGUGUUUCAGAUCAAAAGUAGAUAACUUUUUUAUUUGUUAAGAAAGAUAGUUGAAUUUUUGGUCAAGCAUAGAGUAUUAAAUAAGGCUUUAGAUACAGUUCAAAUACAAAACUUUUAUUUAAGUAAAUAUACAUAACAAAAUGUUUCAAAUUUUUUUUAAGAAAUUUCCUUAUUUUAGCUUUUUUUUUUCUAUUUAUAUUGUGAAAAACAUUGAUUAUAUAAUUUUUUUAUUAUAAAAUAAAAAUAUAAAAACAUAGCUUAUUAAUAAGCAAUUAAAAAUUAAGAUUACUAAUAGUUAUAAUUUUUAUUAUUU